AUGCGGCCACUCCAGGCACUUGCAGCCUCUUCGAGGCUGCCGCAGCUGCCGUUCUUCAGUCUCUCCGCACCGAGGUUGGGCGGCAAUCACAUUUACCUUGGCCGGUAUCACGAUUUCAACAACUGGGAAUACUUGCCUCAUCCGAAGCUGCAAAAGAAUGGAGCGAUCAAGCCGGUCGGUUCCCAACAGUUUAACCCAGCAGGAAAAGAGCUUCGAGGAUCCGGUCUCCACGGGCCAGAGAACGGCGACUUUUUCAGACUCAUGCUGUGGAAUCGACUCCGCCAGAAGGGAAUGCGCCGAGAGGUGCCGACAUUAGAGCAGAUGCGAGAGUACAAUCGAAUGGACGUUUCUCUGGUCUACUUCUGCUGGGGGCUUAUCUUGUUCCUUUACCCCAUGGCGUUGUACGCUCGAUCGUACGCCACGGAGCACGGCCACUUCCCCUACGCGCCGGCGAGGACCGACGGGUCGCGAGGGCACGGACCGCUCUGGUGGUUUAUUGAGUAG